AAGUUGGAGUGUUAGAUGGGUGAAGAGGUAAUGAUAUAUAGAGAAGAGGUAGUGGUGGAGGAAGAUAGGAAGAGGAAAAUGGAUAGAGAAAAAGCACAAGCAGAGGCCUCAAAGAGACCCCCAGGUCAUGGUGCCACUGAAGUGCUUCAUCAGAGGAAAUCACUUCCUUACAGCUACACAACAAUGGCUGUAACUGGUUUGGCUAUUACGGCUGCAAUUGGGUAUACUAUCUUAUAUGCAAAGAAGAAGCCCGAAGCUAAUGCUAGGGAUGUGGCUAAGGUUUCUGCUGGAGUUGCACAACCUCAGGAUACUCACCCUCGCAAAUAGUUUACAUCUUUCUUUGCACUACCACUUUUCACAAAUACUUUUCAUUUCAUAUCAACUAUCUUUGUAUCGGGGAAUGUAGAAUGGACCACACUCCUUCUACUUCAUACAUAUAUUACUAAUAAAUUCUUAAUUUCUUGCACCUGUAA